AAUUUUUGUUUUUUUGAAGAUAUGAGCACAUUUAUCUCAACGAAAUAAGAAUCUUUUAUAGAGAGGCAAAUAACAACAUAGCAACCUGAGACUGUAAAAUAAGUAAGUUUGUUAGUAAUUAGUAGUAUACAUCAUACACGACAGAACCAACAUUGUUAAGGGAAGAUUAUGCAGUUAAGAAAAUAGAGAGACCAGAAGCUUACUAAUUUUGGCAUAAAAAGGAGAAAUAUAAUUCAUAUGCAAGCAGGGUAUUAAAUACAAAUUACAGAUCAUGUUCUGUAAUAAAUCCAGGACAAAGUUUCUAAAUAAAUAAUCUUGGAAGUGGAGUAAGUUAAUCAUAGGUUGUCAAUAAUAAUGAAUUUUAAUGUUGUACAAAAUAAUAGAUGGUUGUAUCUGUUGUAAUAGUAUCAAGAGAGGAAAUAGAGUAACCUUGGAGAGAGGAAUGCUUAUAUUUAUAAUCAGUAAUAAAAGAAUUGGAAAAGAAGAAGGAAAUAAAAGUAGUAAAGGAAAUAGAUUAUGCAAGAGUAUAAAAUAAUAAUAAUCAUUAUAAUUAGAUAAAAGAAUUAGAAGAAGAAAACUAGCAUCUACAAUUAGAAUUAUAAUAAGCAUAAGAGAGUACAUUAAUAACUGAAAGAGUGACAUAAAAUAAUAAUGAAGCUGAAAUAUGGAAAAGAAAGUUCUAAGAGGUUAAUCAUGAUUAUAGUGAAGCAUAAGAGAAGUUGAUGAAUGUAGAAAUUGAAUUAGAAGCAUUAAAGAAAUAACAAGCUAAAGUACAUAUAUUAUAUUAUUAUUUAUAGGUUGCAACUACCACAGUUACAAGAUCAACAAUUAGAACAGGUACAUCUAGUGUUAGAUAAACAGGAUAAAUUUGAUAUCAAU